CCGAGUUCGUUCGGCAGGUAAAUUGGCCGCUGCGACUCGCGGGUCAUCGCUGUUCGUGUGAAUGCACCCGGGAGUUAGAGAAGGUGUGAUUUGGACGCAGGAGGGAUUCUUUCUUGCAAAAUAGAAAUUCCCAAUGCAGCUGAGGGUAGCUGUCCUGGGCGGAGGGGUGAGUGGUCUCGCCGCUUGCUACUACCUGGCCAGGAGCUCGCUAGCAUCUAAGAUCAUCCUUUUGGAGGGCAGCCAUCGGUUGGGGGGCUGGAUUCAUUCCACCCGGACGGAAGGUGGGGCUGUUUUUGAACACGGCCCCAGAGGGAUCCGGCCUGCCGGGAUUGUAGGAAAAAACACCCUCCUGAUGGUUUCAGAACUUGGAUUGGAAGCCGAGGUUCUUCCCGUUCCAGGAGACCAUCCAGCCUCGAAAAAUCGCUACCUCUACGUUGGGGGCAGCCUUCACAAACUCCCUUCUGGCAUAAAGAGCAUUUUGCAGGCAGUGCCUCCGUUCUCCAGUCCUCUUGUCUGGAGUGGGUUGAAGGAACUGUUGGCCACCCGUGGAACGGAACCUGAUGAGACCAUCCAUGGCUUUGUGGCCCGUCGUUUUGGCCAGGAGAUGGCUGAUAUAGCUGUGGAUAGUCUUUGUCGUGGCGUCUUUGCUGGGGAUUGCCGAGCGUUGAGCAUCCGUUCCUGUUUCCCAGCGUUAUUCCUGGCUGAGCAGAAAUACGGUUCCGUUAUAUUGGGCAUGGCCCUUGCGAAAACAGAAACUUCUCCGGUGGAUUGCCGCCUGAUCCGCCAGGCCCAGGAAGGACGCUGGAGCCAGUGGUCCCUGCGCGACGGACUGGAGACCCUCCCCCAAAGUUUAGCUUCCUUCUCCAGAGAACGAGGGGUCGAAAUCCACUGCAAUGCCCCGGUGAAGCGGCUGGACAGAACAACCUCGGGGUCCUGGCAGAUUGCCUUGCAGGAUGGCACCGUGGAGGCCGAUCACGUGAUCAGCGCUUUGCCCGCCAGAGCUCUGGCUGACUUGCUCCCCACUGGAUUAGAACCCCUUACCCAAGAGCUACAGGCUAUCGAAGCCGUUUCCGUGGCGGUGGUGAAUCUACAAUACGAAAACGUGCAGCUUCCUGUUACGGGAUUUGGCCAUUUGGUGCCUUCGUUUGAGGAUCGUCCGCUAUUGGGCAUCGUCUACGACUCGGUGGCGUUUCCCGAACAAAAUGGUCACAAGGACUCCAUCACUCGACUGACGGUGAUGCUCGGUGGCGCCUGGUUUACAUCACACCUUGGUGAUCCGGACACAAUUCCGCACAGUGAGUUGUUAAGCAGAGCUGAGGAGGCUGUGAAGAAGCACCUGGGAAUCUCCACGGAGCCCUCUUACUCCAUCGUUAAAGUACACAAGUCCUGCAUUCCCCAGUACACCCUCGGCCACUGGAAACACAUCGAAAGCACUACUUCUCAACUGAAGCAGCAGAAUCUGCCCCUCAGCCUGGUGGGGGCUUCCUACGCCGGGGUCUCCGUCAACGACUGCAUCUUCAGCGCCCAGACGGCGGUGGCUCGGAUGGCGGGCAGCGUCUCCUGAGCAUGAGCCGAGUGUCGAGUUCUGGAUUCGCGGGAUUUGAGCCGCAUUUGGAUGCUGGACUUUAUGAGGAAGGGGACUGGAGGAAAUAUAUUGUGUUGCUUUGGGAAGUGGGUGGAUGGGAGGCCAAGUGGGAAAGACCACCGGUUUUGAGGUAAAUGUGUUGCGUUUAAAAUAAAACCAAACCAUGAUUAACUUGGCCAGCCGUCGGUAGAGGAAAGAACAGCUCACUCUUUCGCUGGGUGGGGGAAUAUUUAUUUUUGUAAAAAAAAAAAAUCCAAAUAUAUCUAUAUAUCUCAAAACCAAGGUGGAAAGGGCACCACUACCGCAAAGGGGGGAUUGACGGCUACAUAAAUAGAAUAAAUAAAAUGACACGUCAUUGGCAGUAUCUAGAGACUGUGAGGUGCCUAACCGGUGGGGAGUCGGACCCUAAUUGGGGAUGGAGGGAACAGGCUGGGAUCAGCCCAAAAGGAAAGAAGAAAAAAACCCAAAAUAUCAGGGAAGGCAAGUUGGGUAAAGGAACGAUAAUUGUUCGUGUGGCGAUUUUUUUUUUUAAAAAAAAAAUUCUGAUUUUUCGUUUCUGGGUGGCUGGGUGCAGGGAACCUACAAAACAGUCCAGCUGCUAAAACAGUAAUAAACGUCGGUCCGGUGGGGAGAAGGACUUCUCUUUCCAAGCCUCUGGAAUGGGCAGUUGAGCAGAUCUGAUGGCUGUCUUUUGAGAGAACGCCUCUAAAAGCUUUCACGUUGGAUUGUACUCUUAAAAAGAGAAUUUUGAUCGAUUUGAGACUUUACGACUCGACUUCCAUAGCUUAUUGAAAGAGUUUAAAAUUUCCUCUGGAGGAGGAAGGGAGCGGAGGAAAGAAAGAGACGGGAAAGAUGAAGAAAAAGGGAGAGGCAGAAGGAGGAGAAAAGAGGGGAAAAA